CAUUGCCUGUCUGUGGACGGACACACCUCUAGAAGAACCAACUCUGAAGUCAAGUGUGAACUAAACUAGUCGUAUUUCAGCUUCACAGCUGAAGAGAAACAGCAAGAUGAGAAAGUUAACGGCGUAAAGUUUGAUGAAACAACCGGACAGUUAGCUAGUUUUUCCGUGAUGCUAAUGCUAGCUAACGUGAGCUAGCUAGCGAAGAUGGAGGGAAAAGAGGAGGACCCAACGGUAUGUCAACAAACAAACAAACAAACAACAACAACAAGUGCUGCUGGAUAUGAUGUAAUAUGGAUAUUGAUCACUUCGUCUUCACGACAGAGAAGGAAAAUGGGAUUCAAAUAACUGACUCCUGGUGACAAACAUCCAGCCCGGGGGGGUAUGGCAAGGUCAGCAAAACACAGAACUGGUUUCAUUGGCUGGAGGUGGUUAUGGUUUAGCCCGCAGGCUUGUUUUUAAGAGAGCCAGCUUUUCAGAUUUCUCCCUCAGACACAGUCGGACGACUUGUGACAUGCAUAACAUCUCAAACAGCACAGACAUGGAGUCAUGGACCCAUGAAUACGGCGACUUUGGUGAUUAUUUCAACUACUCUUUUUUUAACACAAGUAACAUCUCAGACUUUGAUGAUUUGGACUCUGACUUUUGUGAAGCUGGAGAUCAGGAGUUCACCAUCAAAACCUUCCAGACGUGUGUGUUCUGCCUGAUCUUCCUGUUGGGCGUGGUGGGAAACUGCCUGGUGAUUGCCACCUUUGCUCUCUACCGCCGCCUCCGUCUUCGCUCCAUGACUGACGUCUUCCUGUUCCACCUGGCGCUGGCUGACCUUCUCCUACUCCUCACGCUCCCAUUUCAGGCCAUCGACACUCAGCUGGGUUGGAUCUUCUCUGUCACCCUCUGCAGAGCCACACGUGCGUGCUACGCCAUCAACACCUACAGUGGACUCCUGCUGCUGGCCUGCAUCAGCGUUGACCGCUACAUGGUGGUGGCACGAGCCCAGGAGAUGCUCAGGCUGCGCAGUCAGAUACUAACAGCCGGCAAAGUCGCUGCUGUGGGUGUGUGGUUUGUUGCGGUGCUCCUCAGCCUGCCUGAAAUCCUCUACGCUGGGGUGUCAGGGUCCGGCACUGAUGCAUACUGCGGCAUGCUGACAAGUGGAAGAGUCAAAAUGGCGACCAAUGGUUGCAUCAUUGCUGUCUUCUGCCUGUCCUUCUUUGUAAUGGUCACAUGCUACUCUUCGAUCGCUCAAGUGCUGUGGGAAGGGAACACACAGCGUCGGGGGAAGCAGUGGCACCGGCAGCGCACCUUGAAGCUAAUGGUGGCUUUGGUCCUGGUUUUCCUGGUAUUCCAGCUGCCGUACACGGUGGUGCUGUCACUUAAAAUGGCAGGGCAGUUCUGCGGUCUCCUGUUGGAGUACAUCACCUGCACUUUGGCAUUCACCCGCUGCUGCCUCAACCCCAUCCUGUACGCCCUGGUGGGUGUGCGCUUCCGUAACGACGUCUUGAGGCUCAUCCAUGAUUCAGGCUGCCAGUGUUGCCUCUGGGUGAUGCCACAGAGUGUGAGCUCCUCCUCCAUCUCCCCCUCCUCACCUGCUUCCAAAGUGCUCUCAGUUUGCUCUCCAACAUCCCCCGAACCCAGUUACUCCAGCAACGAGACUGUGCCCAUGAAGUUUCAGUUUCCACCAAUCAAAUAAAACUUCAUGGGCUGGACUAUGAACUUGCUUUCCACUUUGAAUUUUUUAUAUAGAUAUUUCCCAACAGUAUACAUAAUGUACAGUUAUUACACAGAAGCAAGCAACUUCAAGAUAAUUAUAUAAUCAUUAGGGUUGGUUUGAAAUACCAGUGUCUUGGUAUAUACUUAAAUAAAGCACAAAAUACACUUGGUUAGGGUUAGGGUUAGGAAAAUAAAAUGUUUGGCUUGAAAUACACAGUUUUGGUGGCACAGUGCCCGCUGGAAACAGUGAUGUCGGUAAAAAACAACUGCUUUUCAAUCUCCGAUUAAAACAACAAUUUUACUGCUUUUUGUGUCACUGUCCACAGUGGAAAUGCAUUUAUGUCUAGUUAGAUAAACAACCACUCUUCAGGGCAUUAUCCCGGGAAACACGGUGACGUCUUGGCCUUCACUUUUUGUGAUACUAUCCCCAGGGGUAACGUAGAGCAGUCUUGGCAACUGACAAACGUUUUUCAUGGCACUAUAUCUGGUAGAAAUGCGGUGAUGUCUCUGUAAAAAGACACAAAUACCUUUUGUGGCACUAUCCAUGAAUUAAACAUAGUGAUGUUUUGAUACAAAAGGCACUAUCUUCGGUGGAAACACAGCAAUGAGUCGCUAAAAACACCCAUGUUUGGUGGCUACAAAGUGGCUAGAAAUGCAACAACUGGUUUUGUUUUUAUUGUUGGUCUGCAGCUUGGCAGGCAUCUCGCCACUAUGCCAAAUGUCAAAUGUAAUGUAUCAUUGGUUUGCAGCAAUGCACACUGCCAAACUUUACUUCUGGCAACUGGGCUGAGAUGAGCAACGUUACGCCCAGUGUCAAAAAGAUAUGUCUUUGUCGAAGGUCAAAGGUCCUCCAGCACUAUCCUGCUAUGACUCAAAAAGCAACCAGAAAUGGUUCAAAAGAAAACUAGGGAUGCACCGAAAUGAAAAUUUGUGGCCGAAGCCGAAUAUUAUUAAACGCUUGGCGGAAUACCGAGUACCGAAUACCGAAUAUCAUUGUUUAGUUUUUCAUUAGUUUUUGCAGAUGAACCCCCUCCAGAUUAGUGUUGUCACGGUAUCAAAA